CUUUAUUUAUGGAACAAUCGUUAUUCUCACUUCUUUCUCCAUUAUUGACAUCAAUUAAACUCGAAGAUGCCAUUAAAACUUUUCUUCCCUGAGCUAAAAGAAGUGGCUUUCGUCCGUCUUCUUGCAAACCCUAGGUAUCUAGUCAAGUUGGAGGGGGACACUUGGAUUGACCCAAAACAUGAAAUACUUCAAGUAUUUGUGCUUAUGCUUCCUAAUCACUAUACUCAGUGGGCCAUCCUCCAGUUAUGGAAGUAUGAUUGAUGAAAAAGAUUUGCAUGUUGGUGAGGAGCUGUUGAAGGAAACAUUGCCUUUACAAAAUGGUGCUCGUCUCUACCAAUUGCGAGGAUUGAGACCCCAUAUGUGGUAUGAAGUGAAGAUAUCAUAUCCUGCUUCUAUACCUGCCAGCUUCUCUUUGCAACUAAACAGAGGUAGUGCAGACUUGGGGCUGAAUCUAGGAAGAAAAUUGCUUAAUACUGAAAAGAUAAUUUUCAUGACUGAUGGAAUGCUCUUGUCAACUGACCAGGGUGGCAUGUCUAUGCUUGUCAACGUGAAACCUGAAGGGGUGGUUGCAAUACCAGGAUUACAGGAAAGGGACUAUAUUAUGUUUAAUAUAGUUUGUGAUGAACUGUUGCUGGGCAUUCCCCACAAGGCUUGGUAUGUCGUAAUUUUGGCAUUGGGUUGUUUGGUGUUGGCUUUCGUGGUUCCAUCAUUUCUUCCCCCAUUUCUGCUGCCAAAAAAUGGAAAUUCACCAUUCUCUGAUCAGGCUGUUACCAAGGAUUCUUAGAGUCAUUUUUUCUCUACAUGUUCCUGGCAAUAUUUGCAAGAGAUUGAUUGAGCCCCGAAUGAUUUAGCUCGACAUGGCCUCCUUCCCUUUCUCCCUCGCUCUCUCAUUCAAUAGUCAUGCUGCAUUUUGUUAAAUUUGUACUGCUUUCAAGGUUCAUAUUGGAGCGAUGUUAUUGAACUUUUGGUAGCGUGGCUAUAGAGAGAAUAGAGGUAGUUUUAUAUAAAACAAGCAAUUAGGAUUCGCCUGAGGUUGUCCACUACCUACGAAGACAACUCCUCCUCCUUUCAGAAACAUUGUUCGGGCUCUAUUUGUAGUUACGAGCUUUGGCUGUGUUUUGGAUUGGUUCAAAGUGAUUUUUAAGUUUUUCUUACUAGAUUUACUUCUGCAAA